AUGGCGACGAGAGCCGCAAGGGGAUAUCGCACGAUCUCCUUUGAGGCAGCGUCUGUGCUGGCCGGUUCCAUUCCCUGGGACCUAGAGGCGAAAACCCUCGCGUCGCUGUUCUUCUGGCGCGAGGAGGCCGUGGCCCAGGGUCACCGGUUGGCACCGAGGGAGAUCGCAGGACGCCGCAAUGAGCUGUGUCAGCGCUCCAUUGAAGAGUGGUCCCAAAGGCUGGAGCAGCCGACUGCUGGGCGUAGAACCGUCGAGGCGGUCCGUCCGGUGUUGGGACAGUGGUUGGCGAGGCAGCACGGUAGCCUGACUUACCGUCUGACCCAGAUGCUCUCCGGACAUGGUUGUUUCGGAGGGUAUCUGUGUCUGAUCGGUCGGGAGCCGUCUGCUAUCUGCCACCACUGUGACGGAUGUGCUGACGAGGACGCCCAGCACACCUUGGAGGUUUGCCCAGCCUGGGACCAAGACCGCGCGGAGCUUCGCGCGGUCGUGGGGGACGACCUUUCCCUGCCGGCUGUCGUGAGACAGAUGGUCGACAGCGAGAGGUCGUGGACAGCAGUGCAGACCUUUGCGGAGAGCGUCAUGCUCCGCAAAGAGGCGGCGGAAAGGGUGAGAGAGGACACGUCCGACCUCCCCAUACGCCGCCGGCGCACUGGGCGCAGGAGGCGGGCAUACGCCCUGCACCUGCUGCCCCCACAAUAAGGGCCGGUCGGGCGGCGGAAACGGGAUUCCGCUGCCUGGCGAAACGGCCCUGGGUCGAAGGCGCGCUUGUGCCAGGCGCGCCCUCCCCUAGCGGGUAGAAUUGAAGGCCGACGGGUCACCCCGCUGGCCGCUCCGUGGAGAGCGGCCGAGCCGAGGCCGCCGUGGAAGCGGCCGCCGCGUCAGGAGUAUG